CCCCGCCCCUGCAGGAUCCGCGCUAGGACGGAACCCGGGUUUCUCUCAAACCCGGAAUGUGAGGCCUGGGCCCGUCGUCCCCAGGUCCCUGGCCCGCUCUUCCCCGGGCCCUCCGCCCGCCGCCGCUGCCCCCGACCUCGCCCCCGAGGAGCCAGGGCGGCCGUGCCCUUCUGCCGGGUGCCCGCGUGGCUGCCGCCGCCCCUCGGAAUCGUCCGGGGCCGCCGAGGGGUUCGCUACGGAGGGAGGCGGGGGCCUUUGGGAGGAGGAGGCGGAGGCGGCGGAGGAGGAGGGAAGGAAGAUGGCGGCCGUGGAACUAGAGUGGAUCCCAGAGACUCUCUACAACACCGCCAUCUCCGCCGUCGUGGACAACUACAUCCGCUCCCGCCGGGACAUCCGCUCCUUGCCCGAGAACAUCCAGUUCGAUGUUUACUACAAGCUUUACCAACAGGGACGCUUAUGUCAACUGGGCAGUGAAUUUUGUGAAUUGGAAGUUUUUGCUAAAGUACUGAGAGCUCUGGAUAAAAGACAUUUGCUUCAUCAUUGUUUCCAGGCUUUGAUGGAUCAUGGUGUGAAAGUUGCUUCAGUCUUAGCCUACUCAUUUAGCAGAAGGUGCUCCUAUAUAGCAGAAUCAGAUGCUGCAGUAAAGGAAAAAGCCAUUCAAGUGGGCUUUGUUUUAGGUGGCUUUCUUUCUGAUGCAGGCUGGUACAGUGAUGCUGAGAAAGUUUUUCUGUCCUGCCUUCAGUUAUGUACUCUACAUGAUGAGAUGCUUCAUUGGUUUCGUGCAGUAGAAUGUUGUGUGAGGUUGCUUCAUGUGCGAAAUGGAAACUGUAAAUAUCAUUUGGGUGAAGAAACAUUUAAGUUAGCUCAGACAUACAUGGAUAAACUCUCAAAACAUGGCCAGCAAGCAAACAAAGCUGCACUCUAUGGAGAACUGUGUGCCCUUCUGUUUGCAAAAAGUCACUAUGAUGAGGCAUACAAAUGGUGCAUUGAGGCAAUGAAAGAAAUCACAGCUGGCUUACCAGUCAAAGUUGUGGUGGAUGUUUUAAGACAAGCUUCUAAGGCUUGUGUUGUAAAACGUGAAUUUAAGAAGGCAGAACAGUUAAUUAAACAUGCAGUGUAUUUGGCACGGGAUCAUUUUGGAUCCAAACACCCAAAAUAUUCUGACACGCUGCUAGAUUAUGGGUUCUACCUACUCAAUGUAGAUAAUAUCUGUCAGUCUGUUGCAAUUUAUCAGGCAGCCCUUGACAUUCGGCAGUCGGUGUUUGGUGGCAAAAAUAUCCAUGUAGCAACAGCUCAUGAAGACUUGGCUUAUUCUUCUUAUGUUCACCAAUAUAGUUCUGGGAAAUUUGACAAUGCACUAUUUCAUGCAGAAAGAGCUAUUGGUAUCAUUACCCACAUCCUACCUGAAGAUCAUCUUCUUUUGGCUUCUUCAAAGAGGGUGAAAGCACUUAUUUUAGAGGAGAUUGCAAUCGACUGUCAUAAUAAAGAAACUGAACAGAGGCUGCUUCAAGAAGCUCAUGAUUUGCACCUUUCUUCACUCCAACUAGCUAAAAAAGCUUUUGGGGAAUUCAAUGUCCAGACUGCAAAACACUAUGGAAACCUUGGAAGACUUUAUCAGUCAAUGAGAAAAUUUAAGGAAGCUGAAGAAAUGCAUAUCAAAGCAAUUCAGAUUAAAGAGCAACUUCUUGGUCAAGAAGAUUAUGAAGUUGCCCUUUCAGUGGGACAUCUGGCUUCUUUAUAUAAUUAUGACAUGAAUCAGUAUGAAAAUGCUGAGAAGCUUUAUUUACGGUCUAUAGCCAUUGGGAAGAAACUUUUUGGUGAAGGCUAUAGUGGACUAGAAUAUGAUUACCGAGGUCUCAUUAAACUUUACAACUCCAUUGGAAAUUACGAGAAAGUGUUUGAAUAUCACAAUAUUCUGUCUAACUGGAACCGGUUGCGAGAUCGACAGUAUUCAGUGACCGAUGCUCUUGAAGACGUCAAUACCAGCCCCCAGUCCACUGAAGAAGUGGUGCAGUCCUUUCUGAUUUCUCAGCAUGCUGAGGGACCGAGCUGCUGAGGCAUGACCUCAGUUAACUAAUAUACCUUUUCCCAGAUUCCAGGGAAUUCAUACUGUGAAAUCAAAACCAUGUUGUUUUUUGGGGCUGGAAUUUGCAUUGAAACACUGGUCCAGUCCAUUGACCCUAUUUGGGUGAUCCCUAUCUUGCAGAGUGUCCGUAGGUAUAAGCAUAUAUUCAGUUAUAUUCCGCAUGUACCGCAUGUAUAAGUAGUCUGGCCCAUAUUUUCAACUUAGUAGAACAAACAACAGGAUUUUUUUUUCUUUUUAAAUAAUUUUGCAGAAAGCCUGAAAGGAAAAAAGAACCCCUAAUAAAACUAUUUAAGAGUUUAAGAGUUGCAUUCUUAUUAUGUAAGGAUGAUUUUAACAACUUUUUAACAUAUAAUUCUUCCUUAUGGAGGUAUUCAAUACUGUACUGUAAAGAAAUUUCAUGGGGAAAAUCUUUAUAUGCAGUAUAGAAAAUUAACAGAAGUACUAGUAGAAAAGGGACAUCCUGACUUGGGUUUGGCCACCUGACCCAGAGAAGUGGAUACAGCCACUCCAGAGCUCUAUUACAAGGCAAGGGCUAUCAGAUUCAUCUGUACUGGACCAGUGUUGAUCUGUAAGUAAUAGAAAAGCUAAUAGGCCAGCAGUUUUAACUCUUGGUUUUUCUUUUCUUUUGGUACAAGAAUGCAAGAUGCUCUUACAACAUUUGUUAGCAGGACCAGGAUGAUCUAAAAAGGACCAGCCUAAUGUAGGAAGGGUUAAAGGGUUAUUUGGACCAGAGGCUUUAGAUUAUUAUUUUAGCCCCUGCAUUUACCUUUAUCAGUAGAAUGAUUUCACUUAGAUGUAUAAUGAAAAGUGAUAAUGCAAAAAUUAUAUUCAUGUAAUAGACACCAAACUUGGCAAUUUAAGUGGCAUAGCUUUAGUCAAGGUACACAAAUGACAAUGCCACAAGAAAGUCUAUAAUACCUGCUGCAUCCAUCCCCCUCAUUUUAAAUGUUACCCUAAUAAUCAGUGCGGUUGACAAGUAUACUGGCUAAGAGUCAUGAAAUUUCUCUUGUCCGGAUGAGAAUUUUAGGUUACUAUAUGGUUUGUAGGGAUUAAUAGAAAAAUGAAUGCCCCAAAUAAACAUGUCUUAGAAAUCUUUCAUUUUUUAUGGUAAAGAUGGUACAGCUAGGUCAUAUUAGUGCACCUGGGUCAUUUUAUUUGAAAUUCAAGAGUCAAAUGGAAAAAUUCCCUAAUAUGUUAAUUUCACUAACUUGUUUUUUUCUGUUUAUUGGGUUUUGACUUUUUUUAUAAGUCAGGUUGUUUAAUGUUGAGGUUAAUAUUCAAAUUUGAGAAGUGUGACAUGUAGCAAUCCAAGCAACAAAAACGUCUUUUGCUGUUACCUCAGUUCUUAUUAUAGUGGCCUAUUUGGUGCCUCUAUAGUUAAGAAUCAGGGUUUUCCCCCCUAUUUUCAGGGGUCCAUGACUUGGCUGUUAGAGAUGUUAUCCCUGGCUGACUGCCUGGGGUAGUCUAUGGGUGAGUGGAUGGGUGUUGAAUUUUGGUUUUCUUUUAAUAUGCAUGUUGGGGUGGGAGGUGGGGGGGGGGGUGAAUAUCUAAACUGUCACAUUCAAUACAGAAAAAUUAAUUGGAGAUUUCAGAUAAAUUGAUUUUAAACACUUUUUUGAACUUCCCAAAUAUAACCUUGUUUAAAACUGUUACUUGCAGUCUUGUUAGUUAUGAGCCAGUAUUUUUAAGUCCCCAGGAGGGGAUUGAUUGGGGGAGGUACCUAAUGAGAUUACGCAAGCCCAGAUCCUAAGAUUAUAUCUACAUGAUUUUAAAACCUAAGUUUAUUCAAUUGUUUUCUUUUUAAUUUCUAAAGAAGUACAUUAGCACACCUGCACCUCCCCCCUCCCAGUUAAUUGCAAUCUAAUGCCAAGAGGCACCUCUUUAGUAAUUACCAAAUAGUCUGUGUGACCAAGGACUAACAUUUUUAAGUUUACUCAGCUCUAUCCUUAUGGGCCUAUAUAUUUAAUACCUCCAAAGAUAUUUUCAGGAUAGACUUUGUAUACUUUUGUUGCUUAUUUAGAGUCCUGUGGUAUGUUUGUGGUAUAGGAAUGUCAUGGUAAAUUGUUUUUCAAUAAAUAUUUUGAAACUUAUGUUUCCAUAUGAAGUUUUUUUUUUAAUCUAUAUUUUUGGGUUUUGUGCACAUAGAACAUUUCCUAGGAUAAAAUCAAGCAAAUGACUUAAGGCCUCAUUCAGUUUGAGCUUAAUUUAGCUCAUUAUUCUGUGGUAAAGCAACUUGAUACUAGGAGCCUAGGAUCGCAGCAUUAUAAUGUUAAGUGGCAGCCAGUUUUAUAUAUAAAAAAAAAUCAUUAUUGGCAGUUUUCCCUUAUUAUCACUACUUUAAUUUUCUGUAAAUCCAAGCGCUUUGAUUUAAUGCAAAUACUCUAGAUUGUGAAACGAGAUUGUCAUCUUCUGUUAGUGAUAUAACUUAAUAUGCUAUUUAUGGUUCUAAUGAAGAAUAAUACCCUAAUAAUUUAUAGUGUGGAAUGUUUAGAAUAAGUUAGAGAGGUAAAUGUCACCAUAAUUUCUAGAAUUUAAAAAAAAAUAUCUCCAAGGAAGAAAAGAAAAUUUAUCUCACAAUAACCAAUAGCUCUCACAAAAUUUUCUCAUGUGGUAGGAUUGUGUGUAAGGAAGCCUAGAUCAACUUAAAAGAUUUUUCUGGAAGUUCAGCAAAGUAAUGUUAAAAAGGGGCCUUUGGUCUCAUCCUCUCUGACUUUCAUUUCUCUUAUCCAGUCUUUCCUAAAGUUUGGUGCUACUCAAGUUGGGUGCAUCAGGGAGCUCUGUAACACUCAUGUGCCACACAGGUGGUCUGUCACUUCUGCAUCCAGUUUAAUGGAGCCAGAUGGUUUCUUAGACCAUUAUUCUUCUGGGUCCCUAAAGCUGACUUGGCUCAAAGCAUUAGGACCCUUAUUACCAUAUCAAAGUUUUGUCUCUGCUUAAGAAUGAACUCACUGUUGCUUCAUAGUAAUCCCAAUAUGCUUUCAUUUUUUAAAAUAAAAAUUGACAAAGACUUUUGCUCCUAGGCUGUUUGGGAAGCGUUCAUAACAUGGUGAAGAUUGAGUACAGAGACUGCAACCUUAUAAAUAAUAACUGUUGCCACUUGGCUGCUCCUUCUAAUGCAAAUACUCAACAGUAAACAUGCCUAAAACAUAAUUGAAGCUUUUGGCCAUACUUUUGAAAGAAUUGUUUGCUAAGUAGCAGGUAUAGUUAACUGUCAGUUGGUAUUUAUUCUUUCUCCAGAAUGUGUAGCCUUGAUGCUUCCAAACUGCUUGUUGUGUUUGUUUUUUCUUUUUUUUCUGAAUAGCAAAGUUACUACUGGAAAAACUUAUUUAUAAUUAGUGCAAAUUUUUUAAGAGUUUCAUUUUGCUUUAAAAUUAACGUAUAUUUCAUCUCUUGGCUUUGGUGAACCUCAGAUCUUGCUAGGAAAUUCUUUUUUUUUAAAUCUGACAUUUGGAUUAAUCUCCAGCUUGAACACUAAUAGUUGUAUUGUCCACAAAUCUCAGGAAUGUUUUAGGCAGAAAACUGGUUGUACCUUGUUGGUGAUCUGAAGGAGUGUACUUUAGGAUUUAUUAAGUAAUACCCUUCUUUAAUUGCAGUCCUAGGUAUCGAUAGCAUGAGUGGCCUUAGUGAGUUUGUUGAAGUGUACAUUUUUUCAAAAGUAAAAUUUAAGAUUAAAAAUAUAUACUAUAUAUAGAUAUCUAGAAAACUUGGUUUGUGGUGCACAAGUUAAAUGUUGGAUCACUAAAUAACUGUUGCAGGUACCAUUUGUGUAACAUUACUCAUUUCUGUAUAUUCCUUUUAUGGGAAGAUAUGUUGCCAUGGUAACUAAAACUUUUCAGUUUAGUUCUACUUUUAUGAUGUGAAUGAAUGCUACAUUUUAUUAAAUAUUACCAGGUCAGUACUAUUUUUAUACUUUAUUAAGCAACAGGGGAUUUUAGUUUAACAGAUUAAAAAUAAAAAGCUCAAUGAAAUGAUUAAAAGCAAAUCACUAACAAUUCUUUACAUGAAAAUCCCCACUAAUAGUGCCACAAUACUUUCUAUAGAAAUAUCUAAGGUCAUUGAUAGAUUUCUUUUUUGAGACAAUUCUUCAUUGUGUCAUAAUGACCUUUCAUACCAUCCUUAUCACAAACUUGUAGUACCCAUCAUUAUUUGUAACCAUUAAACCAUACUGAGUAUGUUUGUAACCAGCAUUGUGAUAUAUUCUGUACUUGUAUUGCUAAAAAUGAAUUAUUGACCUAAUAAAUAUAGUGUUCCUGCAUUCA